AUGCCGCCAAGUCGUUCGCUAUCAGUAGCCACGUCGAAGUCAUCACUUUGGCGCUACUGGAAUGUAAAUAACACUGGCGAGUAUGAACGAUCUUUACAUAGAUUCCCUUGGUUAUCGAAUGAUAUUGGGGAAGGGAUUAGAGAGAAUACUUAUGAAGCUCCCAGGGAGCCUCCUUCGUUAGAGUCACUCUACCAAGACUCGUGGCCGCUACGCCCUGAGCCUUGCCAGGACGCAGGUAAUGUCCGGGUGCUGCGCGUGGCGGAUCUAGAAACGGACUCCCUUCAGCAGCCACCAGAAAACUGCAUUGAGGUGUCUUCUGUUGAUAACUAUGACGCCGAAUCUGGCCGAGCAUUCAACGGCGAUUAUCAAGCUGAUUCAGGGGAUGAAGACGGUUCUGAGCCGCCAGAGGAUCCUAAUUUGGUAACUUGGUGCGGUAAGGAUGACCCAGACAAUCCACAUAACUGGCCACGGCACAAGAAAUGGUCCUCAACGCUCUUGGUAUCCUGCUUCACCUUCAUCUCGCCUGUCUCGUCCACCAUGUUAGCGCCUGCUCUCCCAGCGCUGGCCGAUGAGUUCAAUACCUCCUCCGGGAUCGAGACAUACCUUAUCAUGUCUAUAUUCCUGCUGGCAUAUGCCGUUGGCCCUUUUAUAUUAGCACCUCUGUCGGAAAUGUACGGUCGCGUGGUAGUUCUUCAAGCCGCCAAUAUGGUAUUUUUGAUCUUCAAUACCGUUUGCGGAUUUUCUCAGACAAAGGCGCAAAUCCUCGCCUUCCGUUUUCUCAGCGGAUUAGGAGGGGCCGCACCACAGGCUCUGGGAGGUGGUGUGCUUAGUGAUUGCUGGAGAGCUGAGGAGCGAGGAAGCGCCACGGCUGUCUACAGCUUGGCACCCUUCCUUGGCCCGGCCAUUGGUCCUAUCGCUGGUGGAUACCUAGUCCAGUAUCUCAACUGGCGUUGGAUCUUUUGGGUCGUCUCCAUUGCCGAUGCCGUAGUUCAGAUUCUUGCCUUUCUCUUUUUGCCAGAGACUUACCCACCCAAGAUUCUCGCCACCAGGGCGAAGAAGCUACGAAAAAGCUCCGGCAAUAAAGACCUACAUACAGAGUACGAUCGCCCUGAUCGAAGCUUCGUUAAGAUCCUUCUGAACAAUCUCGAACGCCCAUUUGUGAUGUUGUUCACCCAGCCCACCAUCCAACUCACUGGGCUCUAUCGAGCCUACUUGUAUGGGCUCAUGUAUCUUGUCCUUGCAUCAUUUCCCAUGGUCUGGGAGGAAAAGUACGACCAAGAACCAGGUCGAGCCAGUCUCAACUAUUUGUCAUUAGGAAUAGGGUUUGUCAUUGGAUUGCAGGUAUCUGGUCCGAUGAUUGACAAGGUCUACAAGAAGCUUAAGGUUCACUAUAGCCACCCUGGCCGCCCCGAGUUUCGCAUUCCCCUUAUGUUUCCCACGGCUAUCAUUGCACCUGGAGGCCUUCUCUUGUAUGGCAUCUCGGCACACUUCAAGACACACUGGAUUGUCCCCAAUAUUGGAGCGGCGAUAUUCGCUGGAGGAUUGAUUCUUUCGUUUCAAUGUGCCCAGACGUAUGUCGUCGACUCGUACGAACGUUACGCCGCCAGUGCUACAGGCGCUGCUGCCUUCAUCCGCACCAUGGCAGGUUUCAGCUUUCCCCUCUUUGCACCAGGUCUCUACAAGGCCGUGGGAGUGGCUGUCGGAAACGGCAUAUUGGCCGGCAUUGCUGCUGUCAUUUGCUUAGCUGCACCGGCAGUUAUGUGGAAAUACGGUGAAAGGAUUCGAGCUCGAAGCCAAUACUGUGCUGGCUGA